UUUUCACUACAUCCUUUUCUGCAAGGAGAUCUUGGCAAACAUUUAGCUCGAGAAUUGCUGGACAAAUUUAGCAAUCCUCAGCAUAAUUUUUCAGACUUGGAUCCUGACGAUGAAGGGGUUUUAAUGAAUGUUCCACAAAGAAUACCUUCAAAGCAGUCUGGUCGAAGUCGGCAGAAAACUCAAUCAGAACUUAAUUUUGAAAGUGUCAGUUUUGACCUCCCUCUGAUGUCAGAAUUGUCAACUGCAAAUGACAAAGGAUCUGGUGCGUAUGAUGUAUCACAAGCAUGGGGCAUUUCUGAGGAGCCAGUUGUAGAACCUGCUUAUGAUUUAGCAACUGCUUGGAUGGAACAAGAUUUGGAUUCAGAUGUAAUUUGCAAGAGUCUGUUGGAAGUUGUAGAUGAAGAACUGUUGCAAAGGGGACAUACAGAGCGCUUAGCUGAUUUAGAUGAUGAUUACAAGUAUUGUCAGCAAGCUACUUUGCCUGUGGGUAUUAAUAGCCAGGAAUCAUCCAAAAGGAUUGAACCCAAAGUAAGAGGUGUGUCUGAUCGAAUAUAUGAGAAUCAUGAAAACUAUGUGUCAACAGAUUUGCCUAAUGCACAAAACUUGGGACAGAAUAGACUAUCAUCACUGAUGGAUGAAUUAUCAAACCAUUUUUCAUCUGAAUUGCAGGAUCUUAAUAACACUGCUUCUACCUGUCAAAAUGGAUCCAUGACACCUACAAACAGUCCAAGGUUACAUCCUAAAACUCAGAACUAUAACAGGAACAGUUUAAGUGAAGAUGAUGACAAAGAGAAUAGUCAGGAAGAUAAGCAGCCACCUCAAGCUCCUCCAAGACGAAGAAAUCAGAAAAAAAGCUCUUGUCCGAAACCUGUCAGCAAUGGACUUCCCCCUACACCAAAAGUUCAUAUGGGGGCCUGUUUUUCCAAAGUUUUUAAUGAAUGUCCUUUGAGAAUUCACUGCACAGCCACAUGGAUUCAUCCUGAAACACGAGAUCAGCAUAUUUUAUUUGGGUGUGAAGAAGGCAUUUAUACUUUAAACCUCAAUGAACUACACGAUGCUUGUAUGGAUCAACUAUAUCCAAGGCGAACUACUUGGAUGUUUGUGGUUAAAGAUGUACUCAUGACACUUUCAGGCAAAACACCACAGUUAUAUCGCCAUGAUUUGUUGGCCCUCCACAGCAAGCAAACUUACAGGUUCUCCUUGUCAAUGAAUAAAAUCCCAGAAAGAUUUGUUCCAAGGCGGUUUGCUACUACAACAAAAGUUCCAGAUACUAAAGGGUGUAUCAAGUGCUGUGUUGGGCGCAAUCCAUAUAAUGGCUAUAAAUAUUUAUGUGGAGCUACAAUGAAUGGUUUAUUUCUCAUGCAGUGGUAUAACCCACUCAAUAAAUUUAUGCUUUUGAAACAAUUUGAAUGCUGGGUUCCAUCAAAAUUGUCAAUCUUUGAGAUGAUUAUAUCUCACGAAAUGGAGUAUCCAAUGAUUUGUGUUGGUGUGCGGAAAGGGUAUGAUAGAGGAAACUUGAAAUUAGACAUGAUAAACCUAAACUCAAAUGCUAAUUGGUUUGGAGAAGACAGUGAUGGCACAGAAACAAUUGUACCUCGCCAUGACUCAAUUGAUGUUGUUAGUGUGUCUCAGUUAGAAAAAGAUACUAUACUUGUUUGCUCUAACAAUGUUGUUAAAGUUGUUAAUUUGCAAGGAAAAUUAAAGUCUAGCCGCCAACAACCUGCUGAACUCCACUUUGAUUUCCCAGUAGAAUCAAUAGUUUGUUUGACGGAUAGUGUAUUAGCAUUUCAUAAACAUGGCAUGCAAGGUCGUAGUUUUAAAAACAAUGAAGUUGUUCAAGAAAUAAGUGAUAACAGUCGAAUAUUCCGUAUGCUUGGUGCUGAUAGUGUUGUGGUUUUGGAAAGCAGGCCCACAAAUGACUUAAAAAGUCCUUCAAAUUUAUAUAUUUUGACCGGUCAUGAAAACAGCUUUUGAGGAGAACUAUAUUCAGUGUUGUGUGAUAAAUAGAAGACUAAUUCUUUAUGCUGCUGUACAGCAACAGAUUAUUAUUCCAAAUCAAGCUGCUGUUCUAUAAAUAAAAUGCAUGCGUUCUUUGUAGCAUUAUGUAAAGCAAAUAUGACCUUAUUGUAAUUUGAGAUUAAUAUUCUUAUUAUAAUACUUAGAGAAAAAUAUGUUCAAGAAGGAAUGAGCAUUUUACCUGCUCCUGCAUAUUUUUCAGAAUUUAGCAUAUCAUUCUUUUUAUGAUUUUCUAUUGAUACAUAUUAAUUAAAGCAACGUUUUCCUUAAUUCAUGUUUAUUCAUUUUAUAAUGAAGUCUGAUGCUUGCUAAAUUUCACCAUAUCGUGUUCUUGUAUUUUGAUCAUACUUUUAGUUAUCUGUAAUUGUAGUGAUUUUUUUCCCCUGCUGUUUUCUGUUGAAAAGCAGUUUGUAGUAAAUGCAAGUGUAUUUAUCUCAUCCGAACCUGACACUUUUAUUGUACUUCUGCAAACAACUACUAUCAGCUUAUGCAGGAGCUCUAAUUUAUUUUUCCUUCAUUAUCAUUGUUUUUCAGCUUAUGUGUUCCUGUAGAUAGUAAAUACAUGUGUUAUUUUUCUGAUAUUGUACUAGUCGGAAAUAUGAGUUCAACGAAUCUACUGAGUAAUGUCAUGGAGUGUUCAAUUCUUGAAUUUUCAAAGAUCACUCAGCUUUUGUCAUAUCAGAUAUAUGACUAAAAACAUGAAGAAGAAUUUAACGACUAACUAUGUAAUUAAGAUAUUUUUAAAAAUAUGCAAUAUUAUUAUUUUCAGUAGUCUUAAGCUAUGCAACAUUUUUUUUUCCAACUCAGGUUCAAAUGGUUAUGUGAUAACUCUUUAAUAACUUCUUUUUUUAACUCAAAGCUGAUACCAUGACUUUUGUAAUUUAUGUUAGUUCUGUCUAGCUAUUUAUUUCAUGCUUUCUAAUUUUAUAUCUGUACUUGUUUGUGAAGAAUGAUGGCAUAAGAUAAUUAUGCCUUUGGAAAAAAUAUAUUUAUUCUAUGAUUCCACCAAAGUUUUGUACAUUUUACGAGUAUUGUGGAAAGAUGUUUGUUCACUUUAUGCAAAGUGGUGUUAGAUAUGGAAAAUUUUUAUUUAUUGAUAGUGUGCCAAAGAGAUUUUGCAGCGAUUUAAUAAUUUUACUGUAAAUGAUUAUGUGAUUUAAAUGUUGAUUUUGGGUUGUAUUAUUCUGCAUUCCCCCAUCUUUUUUAGCUUAAAAUUUUGUCUUUUGUGAUAGAAUUUUUUUGUGUUAGAUGAAAUUUUUUAUAAUGUAUGUAAAUAAAUAAAUGUAAAAAGUUGUGAGUCCUAAGACUAAAGAUUGAUGUAAUUUGCAGAAAGAAAUGUUUAAUUGUUCAGCUGACCUGUAAGAUGUGUUAAAGUUUUUGUCAACAUCCAGUUGCAUUUUGAAAUUUUAUAAAAAUUUAAUGUAAUAGUUUUUCUUAUGUAUUUAUACACUUGUGUAUGUAAUCUGUUUAAAACGUAUAAUCAAUUAUUAGAAAUUAAGACAUUGUAUUGUGGCUGGCUGUCUUAUUGACCCAAAUAUUUUAUAAUACUCUUGUUACUUUUUCCUUACAUGUGAAAUGUAAUUAAUUCUGUUAAAUUUUUCUGUUUAUAUGUUUCAUUUGUGUUUUAAAAUCCUAUAUUAGUAACUUUUAUAAAGCAAUUGCUGUGUACAAUUUUAGUAUCUUUAAUUUUCUUAGAGCAAAAUUUCUGAAUAUACUUUCCUCUGGAUUUUACUAUAGUGCAUUUAGUCAAAUUCACAGAAAUUUAAUCAGUUUUAGUUGUUAAAAUGUUUAGCUGAGAUUAUCCAAAGUAUUAUGAUAAAACUUUGAGUUUGCUGUAAACACCUUUUCCCUUAGCAGUAGAUCCAUAAUCUGUUCGUAUAUGUAGGUCAUGGUGGACACCAGCAUUCACUCUUUAAGGCUGCUAUUGCACCAUCUAUAUCCUAUAUUAAUAAGGAUAGAAAGUGGAACACAGGGAGAUCCACAAUAUCCUUGAAGGUGAUUAAAUGACCUUUGGGUUGAACUGGGGUCUCCCGUGUGGAAAACAAAGAUCACAAUGCCAGGCAAAACCAUGCUUCAGUUUGUCCUAAUGAUAUUGGCUCAGUUUACUGGUACAGGCACCUGAUUAGUCAUUGAAACUGCAUUAAGGGUUUGAACUUUGAAGGAUUUGUUUUCAAAGUUUAAAAUUUAAAUGCAAAAUAGUAGCAAAAAGGUAGUUGUAUCAUAUGAUAAAAUUGAAUAAACAAAAUUUAAAUUAGAAUUGAGUGUUAAAUUUUGUCCCAUUUGCUCAAAUGGUAGAUAUGCAGCGGAGUAAUAAAAUGCAUGAAAACUUUUAUAUUCAUUGUGAUUUUAAAAUUCAACAUAAAAUGAUUUUCUGUGCUUGUGGCUCUUAUGACAAGCUUAUUAAUAAAAAAUGCAAAAUAUUUUUGUUAUGUUAUCUGUUUAGAUUUUCACUGUUAUACACGUUGGAUUUUAGAAGUCUAUUUUAUGUGAAUGUUUUUAUGUUAAAUUUCAUUGUUAGGUUUGUGCAUUUAGAUAUUUCUUCAUAACAAUUAUAUGUAAUUGGAAAUUUUUUCUUGUGAGUGAUGUUAAGUAUGUAUCAGAAAUGUUAUGAGAGUGUAAAUUGUACAAAGAAUACAAAGUUUUCCAAAAUGGUAUGUUACUUUUAAGUGAGUACUAUUUAAAAAGAAAGAGCGCUUUCAGUUUUACUUGCUGCUUAGUAGAAAAGCAGUUAUAUUGGUAGUGCUUGGAAUUGUGAGAAUGCUUGUUUUGGAAGUUUAUGAAAUUUUCUAAUUUUCUAAACUUAUUGCUCAGAAGUGUGAUAGAUAAACUGUUUCUGUGUGACUGGAUAUUUCUUGUUACCUAUAACCAUCAUUUACUUUGAAUCUUGAGAAAUAUUUGAAAUAUUGGUAGAAGUGGAAAAAAGAUUAACAUAUUCUUUAUUUUUGAAAAUUCUGAUAAUUCCAAGUACUGCCUUUUGUAUUAUAUAAAGUCACCUACACAUCAGCUGUGAUGCAAAUGCUCCAUAACAUCAGUGUUUUGUAAGCUGAAAAUAUUUAUCAAAAAUGUAAUUACUGUAAAAAAUAAAAUGAAUUUUAUGACCUUAAA